ACAACCUUCGGAUCGCAAAAAGGAACAUAUCAAACGGCCAAUGAACGCAUUUAUGGUAUGGGCCCAGGCGGCUAGACGUGUUAUGUCUCAACAGCAUCCGCAUUUGCAAAAUUCCGAGCUAAGCAAGUCGCUGGGGGAAGGAUAUAAAAAGUCCAGUGCAGUGCAAUGCAGUACGGAUGGCCUAAAAACGGAAGCAUCUGUUACGGCAAUGAUAAAUGGUGCUACGACCAUACAUAGCAAGAACCAUAGCUCUACCGGAGCGACAACAACACCACCAGAAACCAAAUCAAAUGGUCAGAACAAAAAACUGUCGACAACAGGCGGAGCAGCAGCAUCAGCAUCAACGGCCACAACCAAUUGUCAUUUGUCAUCAAAAACCAUGGCAACAGCUGGAAAUCGUUUGAAUGGCAACAAAGCCAAUGGCAAACAAAGAAACCGUGAACAACCACCGCAACAACAACAUCACAACCAGCCACCAAUGUCAGAUAAUGGCAAAUCUACAACCCAUUUUAUUUCUGCAAUGGAUAUUAAUGAAACAUUAAAGAAUUCCUGUAAAAAUGUGUCCUCCAUGUUGACUCAAGGUCGUCUCUUGGGACCGGCACAUAUUGCCGCUGAUGAAAGUUCAGCGGAAUUUAUGUUUAAUCGUUAUGAUUAUAGCAAAUCGUUGGAUUCACCUGGUUCCACGACUAGUUCAUUGUUAUCCUGUGCCACCUCGGCCAAUGAUUCACAGCCGUUGACACCACCAGCUACACCAUAUUGCAACGCUACACAACAACGUUUGACAGGACAUCAGGCCACACUGCAUCAUCAGCCACGUCAAGCAACAAGAAAUUUGUUGCAGCAACAGGUUAACGAUGUUGUGGGUGGUGGUGGCGGUUUAAGUGAAUACCAGCUACUUAACAUUGAAGGACGUGAAUUUAUAUCCUUGGAUGAAUAUCCUUAUAAUUCCAUGGGAGGGCCUUUAGCUAAUAGUGGAGGUGGUGGUGUUGCUCCACUGGCAAUAAAUGUCUAUAUUCAUGAUGGCAGUCAUCAAUAUUCCUCACCUUCCUCCUAUGCUUUGCAAUUUUAUGGCAAUCAACAGCAACAGGAACAAACAAACAACAAUCAUAUUCAACAUAAUUCAAUGGAAUUUCAAACUUAUGGACAACUUGGUAGUUCUGCAGGGUAUACAUCGGUAUAUCGUCACACAAAUUGUUCUUCAUCUCCGACGAUGCACACCAUUGAACCUUUAAAUUAUUUCAACAUAUCCACCCCACCACCACCAGCAGCAACGACAGCCGAACACUCUCCUUUGCGGACAUCAUGCUCCUCGCCCUACUCAAAGACCACUGCUCUCAAGACGGGGAUGCCCAAGAUGAAUGGCCAUACCCAACAUUAUAUGGCGCCAUUCGCCUCUGCAACAACGGAUCUAACAUCGGAAGUUGCUGCUGACCACACUAAUGAAGAUGUUGAAACCAGCAUCGAACAAUAUUUUAUGGAUCAAAUAAUGCCCAUUGCGUCGACGGCCACAGCCACAAACAUCAAUGGCAUAAUGCAUCAGGUCUCACCCUCCCUAACCACCUCAUCACCAACAUCAUCUGCGAGUAUUGUCACUGCAACAUCUGGAAUUUCUUUAAACAAUUAUACGAAAUCUCUCAUGUAUGCGGCAAAAAUGGCACACAACACAUCCGACACACAUGGACUGGAGGAUUAUACAUCAGCUGCCAAAAAGGUAUGUCUACCACCUACACCAUCAACAUCGUCAAGCAAUUCGACCGCAUCCGGUUCAUCAUCAUCACUGUCGCCACAUAAGUUUUCACCUACAUCACCCACGACGACCACAGCCACUGCAGCAGAUAAUAUGAAUUGUUAUUACAUGGCGGCACAGAUGCACUCCACAACUACUACCGGGGGAGUCUUAUCAUCACCUAUGGUGGCAGCAGAGACGACGACAACGACACUUACCACGGAGGCACAUGCCGGCCCAGCUAUGGGACAUCAUUGUAAUGAU